AUGGGCGUCUCUAUCAUAGACGCCCAGCGCGACAUCAUUCUAAAUGUGAUCCGUUCCACCACCCAAGGCCAAUGGAAAGUCUUGGUUCUCGACGACACCAGCAAGAAGCUGCUCGACAAUGUCCUACAUCCUGACGACAUCUUGAACGAGAGCAUCACCAGUAUGCCUUCUCCUGAAGCCAUUCCAACCCAGCCCUUGAAACAUAGCCUGACACACGUCUUCUGCANNGACAUUGAGAAGAUCGAGGAUCGUCGCCCAAAGAAUCCAGAUGUCGAUGCUAUCUACCUGAUCACUCCCCAGACCCACAUCGUCGACUGUGUUAUGGCCGACCUCGACCGCCGACGCUACAGGAAGACCAACUUGAUCUGGACCUCGUUACUACCUCCGCACAUGAAAGAACGUCUCGACAAGUCCUCUGUUGCCCGCGAACAGAUCACUGUCUUCCGAGUCCUCAACAUUGAUUUUUUCCCUCGCGAGUCCCACCUUGUCACCUUUCGAGACCCCUGGAGUUUCCCCAUCCUCUUUCAUCCCGCCUGCAACAAUCUUAUCCGCCAGCAUAUGGAAGAUCUCGCUCAGAAAAUCGUUGGCGUCUGUGUCGCAUUGGGCGAGUUCCCUGAUAUUCGAUAUUACCGCCCGCGCACCCCCACUCNNCACGAGGCCAGUGUGCUCUGCUCCCACCUUGCUCGUUUCGUCCAGGAGGAGCUCAACUUGUAUGCCAACUUCCACAAGGACUUCCCUCCUCCAAGCAACCGUCCUCGCGCAACUCUGUACAUCACCGAUCGAUCCAUGGACGUAGUUGCUCCCUUGCUCCACGAGUUUACCUACCAGGCCAUGGCGCACGACCUACUACCCAUCCGCGAAGGAGACAAGAUCACCUACAAGACCAUUGUCAACCAAGGGACUCCCAAGCAGGAGGAGAAGGACUACGAAAUCUCAGACAAGGACCGCAUUUGGGUUGAAACCCGUCAUCUCCACAUGAAGGACACUAUCGAGAAACUCAUGGGAGAUUUUCAGAAGUUUAUCGAUGAGAACCCGCACUUUACANAAGAGAGCGAUCCCAGCGGCAUGAACGGUCUUAAUACUAUCAAAGACAUGCUGGCUGGUCUUCCACAGUUUGAAGAGAUGAAAGGGGCUUAUUCGCUGCAUCUUGGCAUGGCCCAGGAAUGUAUGGAUCUGUUCCAGCGUCACAAGCUUCCUGACAUGGCCUCAGUCGAGCAGGUGUGUAGAUAUCGUCCUGAUAAUCAUUUUUGGCUGACCCAGUCCCUAGNNAUUCUGGCCACCAGCCUUGAUGAGGAUUAUCGGAAACCCAAACACGUGACAGAUCAAGUUGUACGGACUCUGGAUGACGAUGCAAUUGUGAUGCCUGACAGGCUUCGCUUGAUUGCGCUUUAUCUCAUCUACAAGGAUGGUCUACUUCCCGCAGAUCUCAUCAAGCUUCUGCUUCAUGCUCAACUUCCUCCUCAACAUUCCGAGAUGUUGCACAACCUUGGUCUUCUUGGAAUCCGCACGACACGAAAUCUCAAAGACUCGCGCCCACCACCAGUUCCUCUGUUUCCUCAGAAACCGCCACCGACUCUGGUCCAAGAAGAGUAUGCUCUAAGUCGAUUUGAAACAUCUCUUCAGCGGCUUCUGGACAACCAUGCAACCAACACCGUCGACGCUACUGUUUUCCCAUAUGUUAAGCCACCGAUUGAUCUAGGUGACAAUGAUAUUGGUCCUGCCCCUACGUCUCUGCGUUCAGCCAAGCCGACUUGGGCAAAGGCGAAAUCAUCCACAUCAGAACCUCGGCAACGAGUCAUUGUGUUCAUGGCAGGAGGUGCAACGUACUCGGAGAGUCGGGUGUGCUACGACAUGACGUGGCAGAGCAACAAAGAAGUGUUCUUGUUGACCAGCCAUAUGCUCACACCAGCCUUCUUCCUACGCCAGGUGGGAGAUCUUAGUACAGACAAGCGUAAGCUCGGCAUACCGGCCGAGCAACCGCCCAAGCAGGCUCCUGCUCAUCUGUUCGAGCGAGACGAUCCACCACCAGCACCACGACCAGUGCAAGCCCCGUUGAAGCCAGUCGCUCCAGCCCAGCCGCCUACCCAAGCUAUGAGCAAUACGAACCUAAGCUCGAAGCAACCAGAUGGUGCGGGGCCGGCAGCACCGGCGCAAAGUGCUUCAAAGCUCCAAAAGGAGCCGGAANAGAAGAAGCGGCACUUCUUUUCGAGCAAGAGAGGAUGA